CUACAGGUUGUUAUACUGAUGGUGUGUAUUAUCGCUGGGCCUCAGAGAGUACUGAGGCCUCAAUAAGCAUGCAGGAACAAAAAACACACAGUGAUUGCAACACUUCCCUUUUCAAGGUUUUGCUGUUCUGUUGUUUUCCCAACGUAGGCUGAAACUAACCCAAGAGCCACAGAAUGCCGAGGUCACUGAGAUGGACGUUCACUGUAGCCAAACUGACAUUAUGUCAAGGCCCAGAUUGGAAUCAGGCCCGAUGGGAGUUCUGAUCUGGGCCAGCCCAAUUCCAAAUUGGGCUGGCCCAGAUCAGAAUUCUAUUCUAGACCGGCCUGAAAUAGAAUCUUCAUUUUUUUUCCUACGGACGACACGAUCAGUUCACUUACUGUCGACCAUGGAGCAACACACCAGAUUUGAGCAGCUGUUAGACAACCACAUUGCCUCACUCUGUCCCAAGAAGAAAGGCAAGUUCUUAGUCUGCAAUGAUCAGUACAAGCAAAUCAUAGCAGCUUUAGCACUGACCAAAGGAGAACCGUGUCCAGACGGUGCAAAGUUCAAGUAUUGGUGCCUCAACAAUUUUCAGACUCUAUGUAUUGGCAGCAAGACAGUACUCUACUGUAAGAAAACAGUCAAUCCAGUCAUCACCAGGGAGGACCUCUUCUCCACUAUUCAACAGUGCCAUGAGAGAACAGGGCAUUCUGGGCGCCACAAGACCUGGGAUGAGGUGAAGAACAACUAUGCCUUCAUACCAAGAGUUGCUGUAGAGCUUUACCUUCAAACCUGCCUCACUUGCAGCACACGUCAGAGUCUGAAACAGCCCACAUCAGCAAAACCAACCAUCUCACUCGGGUUCCUGACCAGAGUACAAGUCAACCUCAUAGAUAUGACAAGCAAGCCAGAUGACGAUUACAAAUGGAUUCUACAUGCCAGAGACCAUUUCUCCAAGUAUUCCUGGGCAUUUCCACUGACAUCAAAGAGGGCUAGUGAGGUUGCACAGAAACUGGUCAUGCUCUUCUCCAUGUUCGGUCCUCCCAGGAUACUUCAAUCUGACAAUGGAGGGGAAUUUGUAGCAUCAGUAAUCACUGAGAUUACCAACCUGUGGCCAGGCCUGUUGAUAGUCCACGGAAGACCAAGGCAUCCCCAGAGCCAAGGCUGUGUAGAACGAAAUGGAGACUUACAGCUGAAACUGGGGAAAUGGUUGGAAGAGCGUGGUGGAACCUGGUCAACAGCACUGCAGUUUGUCACACAUGCCAUCAACACAUCUGCAGCAUCUGCCACCAGUAAAACACCCUAUGAGGUUGUUUUCAGACAGAAACCUCACCAGGACUUAUUUCUGCUGCAACAAUUGGCAAAACAGGGACCACUAAGUGAAGAGACCAUUGAUCCCUCACUGUUUGAAGCAGAGACUGAGAUACAGGAGGAAGGACCUUCUGACCAUGAUGAUAAUGAACCAGAGACAUCUGCAGCAACACUUCUACUCCAGCUUUCCACAGAUUCAACCUCUGGACAUGACUGUGUGUCGACUACUAGUCGGGUGACCGAAUUCCAGCUUGACGAGCUUCCCUCAGUGUCUGGUCCAUCCCCCACUUCAGCUGAGCCACCAACGAAUACACCAACAUCAGUGAAACGCAGCCAUGAGUACUACCUACUACACCAGGGCAACAUUGUAGCUGAGGGCGUCAAGAUUACUAACCGCAGUACUCUCCAUGGAUCAACAUUCAACAGGAUUACCCACACCAUUGUUCAAGUCACCAGUGUUUUCGACGAGUCCUUCAUUCCAACAGAACACAACCCCCAAGAAGAACCACUGCAAGAAGACCAGUAUGUUCUUUGGCGUCUUGACAGCCUGGUUGACACAGAAACCAACACUGAUUCUUCCCAUUCCAAAGUUAGACGAGAAGCAACAGUUUCAUACCUACAAACAGGCAGGUUAAGACUUAUGAAACAAUAAGAAAUCAGUAAAUUUAAAAUUAGUGCUUAUUACUUUGAAGGCUGUACUAACUUUGGCUCUCAGCACUGUAUUCUAAUUCUGUUACUAUUGAUGCCGAAUGUAACAACCUUCUUUAAUUUACCAUUUCUGAAGUGGAAAAAUAAUGACAUUUAUUGGAAAACACUGUCUUGUUUAUAUGUAACAUCAUGCUUUAACACUACUGUGGAAGGGUGUCAUCUUUUAAACUGCACACAGUUAGAUAUCACAGUGCUUAGAGAACGACAUUACUAUGACUCUGCUAGAUACAACCUUCUCGGAAAAUUGUUCAAGAGUCAAGGCCAUCCUCAACUAUAUAGGUAUAUAGCUAUAAAUGUCUUGUAAACAGGCGGAAGGGUAGUGCCUGUGACCAAACUUGUCAGCUGUUUGAUACAGGUGACGUGAAAAUAACAGGACGUUAACAAUAAAGUACAAAAGAACAAAAAACAAAGUCAUUCAGGUCCCUCUUGAAUUAGAGUGAAACUGAGUAAAAGAGAAAGCACAUAAAAG